AUGAUCGACAACCCUCAAGAAGGUGAGAAAAAAGAAAUAGAAAUUUAUUUAAAUAACAAUAAAACGUGGGAAAAUUACGUGUGACAGUAUAUAAUUCUGUUGGCACCUCAUUUCAAAUCAUUUUCUCUACGAAAUCAGCACGUUUAUGAAAAAUUGUGAUUCGACAGGAGGUUUGAAAUGUGUGGGGGAAAUAUUUAAUUCCAAAUCGAUUUUUGGUUAAGCAAAAUCACAUAAUAUGAAAAACACAUUAUGUGAUUUCUUUUUAAUGAUUGUUUUCCUUUCUUUUGGAUCAUUUUUCAAAAAAAUCGAAUUUUUAAUCGGAUUAUUUGUUUGGCAAAUGUUCCUAUUGUUUGUACUAUGCAGUUUUUAUCAGGGAGACAAACUUGAGAUUGAGUAAAUGAGAACCCGUUUUAAAAUUAGUUUUUCUUACAGGGAGGUUGUCCAGAAAGAGAAAGAAACUGAAGAUUAGCGAAUCGAUAGCGUCGUCUUUUCUCGACGCCACUGAAGUCACCAUCGACUACGACAUUGUAUGCAAUUCGUCAAAUCCACACAUCCAUCAUCGCACUCGUGAUAUCCAAUUUUUGUAUGUUUUGAAUCAAUUUAUCUGAUAGAGAUAAGAAACUAUGUUCAUUUUUUCAGAAAACCAUCCAAACAAAAGCAACAAAGUAAAUCAUGGCUCUCAACGUAA